AUGGCGGAUUGGGCCUCUAUUCAAACUGAUAUUCUUGGUAUAAUAAUAAAGAAGCUUCCAAUCCCUGAUUACAUUAGAUUUCGUGCUGUGUGCACAUCUUGGAACAAUGUCUGCAAGGUUGUGUCAUACCGUCCAAGGGUGGACCCAUGGCUGAUGCUCCCCCCAGAUCAGAAUCCUCUUGGUGCUCAGUUCUUUUGCAUUCCUGAAAGAAAGAAUCAAAGUAUCCGUCUCCCUAACACUGCCUCACUGUUUGAAUCUGUCUGGGCUCCAGUUGGUUCUUCCAAUGGAUGGAUUAUCUACUUCAGUCAAACUUAUGGAACCAUGCAGCUGGUUAACCCUAUCAGUGGCAAACACAUUCAGCUCCCCCCGAUAGGACGCAGGACCUUCUCUAAGGCCAAGCUGCUUGAAAUGAAUGAGAGAAACUUUAUUGUUGCUGCCCUCUAUGCUGAUGAGAAAGGUUAUAAAGUAACGCGACAAGGAUCUAGCAACUGGUCGUCUGUUGAAUCAAAAUUCAUUUUGGAUGAUAUCAUCAAGCAUAGAGGUCGGCUGUACACAUGUGAUAUGUAUGGUACAGUUGAGAUGUGGGCAGAGCCGCCCCAUGCAUGGCCAGAUGAGGAAGUCACACAUCGGUGGAGGUUUCGCUGUCUUAUAGAGACCCCAGCUGGUGAUCUGAUUAGGGUUAAGCGCCUGUGUCAGAAUAAAUUUGCUGUUUGGAUAUUGGACAAGGGGACCUUUUCCUGGGUUGGAACCGAGAACAUUGGGGAUCUUGCACUGUUUGUGAGCCACUACAGCUCAUUCUGUUUCCCUGCCAAUGACCACCCCAACCUGAAAGCAAACUGCAUCUACUUCAUCGACAUGUACAACAACCUGUGCGCAUUCAACCUUGAGCAUGGGACCAAGGAACUUGUCCAAACUCUUACUAUCGGCCAAGGCCAAGGGCGCAAUGACUACUACCGUCGGCCUCAGCGAGACCAGGUCUUAUGGUUUAUCCCUUCACUAAAAUAA